AUGUCCAGAUCUCUUUACACAGCGGCACGUUUUGUGCCCAGAUUGGCACUUCCACGGUCAUCUAUUGUUCGGAGCUUCGCCACAAAGCCAGAAACGCCGUUGGAAAAGUACAAGCUGAAACUUGAGCAGAAGGCCAAGGAAGUUGGUGCACUGAAUGUGGAUGAGUUGAAGGAGAAGCUCAAGGACGAGAUCGAGGCAAAGAAGAAGGAGUUCAAUGCAGUUGAUCCUUUGAAAGAGCUCGAGGAGUAUGAACUCAAACAAGCUGAAGAGCUCAAGAAGAAGAAGCAGGCUGAAGAGACUAAUCCAGCUAUUCGUGCUGCCAUCGAUAAGACCGUCCCCAAAGAACCAUACAAGACCCUCUCGUCGUUCGUAGACGUUGAGAAAGUCAGAGAGUUGCCAUUGAAGGAGUUGGAGUUCAUCUGGAGAGCUCGUUUCCAGAACAAGGAGAGAACCCUCCAGGCACUCUUGGAGUCUCAUCAGUUUGCAACCAUCUUCGCCAAUGCCUUCAAAAACCCCAACUUUGUCUUACCGCUUCCACGUGGCGACGACGGCUACGAGAUCCACUUUGUUCAGUGGGGUUUCCCUGGUCCAAAUACCACCCACUGCAUGUUGACCACAUUGGCGGAGUACCAGCUUCACAAGGAAUACGCCAAACCUCACACAACAUUGAUGUUCCACCAGGAGUUGAUCGAGGAUAAGGAGGUGGUGUUGAUGAACGGCCAGGUUGAAUCUGACGUUUCGCUCACUAUGGACGAGGCCCAGCUCUUAGUGCUCAAUGUCCAGCGCUUCUAUGGCGGUUUGAAGGAGUCUGAAGGUUCCAAGAGAAAGCUUGCUUUGCUCAGGGACUUCACGGCAGGUAAUCCUGAAUUUGAUAUGAAGAAGCUUGUUGAAGAGGCUGCUUCUUUUGAUUAG